AUGGCAUCGACCGCCGCAUUGACCUUCAAAAUUCUCACCGAACGCCUAUCCGUGACAGACAAGCCAAAGAUUUCGGAUCACAUAGACGAUUAUGUGAAAUCCCAAGACAGGCUACGGUUAAUGUCAAACCCUUCUGGUGGUCACUGGUCUGGAGGUCUUGGUGAGCCCAAAUUCUACCCAAACGGCACUGCUUUCACGGGUGCGUGGAAUCGCCCUCAACAAGAUGGUCCCGCACUUCGUGCUACAGCUUUGAUCAUAUACGCCAAGCAUCUGCUUGCAGAGGAAGAAGGGACCAAAUACCCCUCGUUUUAUCAGAGUAGAGUCAAUUUCCAGAUUUGGCCGAUCAUCAUGGAUGAUCUCAGACACAUUGCACGGUACUGGAACCAUACCAGCUUCGAUCUGUGGGAAGAAACAAACGGCUCAUCCUUCUUUACCCUUUCAGCAUCCCAUCGCGCUCUUGUCGAAGGCAUGGCUCUGGCAAAGACUUUGGAUCGACGCUGCGACGGCUGUGCUUCUGCCGCACCACAAAUACUAUGCUUCAUGGAGACCUUCUGGGGCAUCAACUACAUGCACGCAAAUAUCAACUCCAAGGAUCAACGAAGCGGGAUAGAUGCGAGCUCUAUCCUCUCUUCCAUUCACGCGUACGAUCCUCAGGCCGGGUGCACAAACAGUACCUUUCAGCCAUGCUCUUCCAGAGCUCUAGCCAACCAUAAGACAGUGACCGACGCUUUCCGCCCCUUAUACGGUAUCAAUAGUGGCAUUAAACAAGGCCAGGGAGUUGCCAUUGGAAGAUAUCCCGAGGAUGAUGAUCACGGCGGUAACCCCUGGUACAUGACCACACUCGCGGCAGCAGAGCAGCUGUAUCUGGCUGUACUUCAAUGGCUGGAUCAAGGACAAUUGAUCGUCGAUGAGACUUCGUUACCCUUCUUCCAGGAUCUACUGCCGAAGACCCAUGUGGGUACCUAUGGCUCUGGCGGUCCUUACAAGUUUGGCGACGAUAAGGAUUUCAAGUCGAUCGUCUCUACGGUACGCGACUAUGCUGAUAGCUACAUGGCCAUCGUGCAGAAGUACAUCCCCUUGGAUGGAGGUCUUCCACAACAAUUCGACAAAACCAACGGCAUGGCUGUCUCCGCCGCGAAUUUCACUUGGUCACACGCUGCCUUUUACACAGCCGCAAAUCGUUACCUGGGUGUAAAAGGGCCCAGCUGGGGCGAGCCGCAGAACAACACCUUCGAGUUGUCGCAGUGUUACUGUCACGCCCGUGUGACUUUCCAUGUCCGCUCGGACCCCAACAACGUGUUAUUCGUUGUUGGUGACGUCCCGGAGCUCGGUAAUGGAGAGACGAAGGACGCCAGAAUGUUAACGCGAGAGUUUAGCCUUGCAUCCAUUGCAUCCAAAUCCGCGAACUACUCUGCGCAGAUCGACGUACCCGCGUUGACACGGAUAGAGUACCAUUACUACAUGGUGAAUGGUGGUGCUCCCGAGGAAGAAGAGUGGAACAAGUAUCGGUAUAUCAAAACCGGCGAUUGUGGAAGCAACGUUGACACGUCUCUUGAUACUUUCUUCUACUAG